CUUUUCGCGAAGCUCUCGAACAAGCUCACCUUUCGCGCACCGACCACUCUCAACACAACAGAAACAAUGGCAUUUCGCGGAACUCCUCGUGGCGGUCGCGGCGGCGGCUUCGGUGGACGUGGUGGAUUCUCUGCGCGUGGAGGUGACGCGGUGGAAUGGGAGCUUCUUUCGGACCCCCAGACACUGUUGUUGAAAUGGGAAAAUUUGUUCACGACUGCGAAAACGAGAUGUUCUGCGAAUCGAUAAACACCAAGAUUCCCUACUUCAAUGCGCCAAUCUACCUAGAGAACAAGACACCCAUUGGAAAAGUUGACGAGAUCAUGGGCCCGCUGAACCAGGUCUACUUUACCAUCAAGCCACAAGAGGGCAUACAAGCAAAGUCAUUCAAGGCUGGCGACAAGUUCUACAUUGGAGGCGAUAAGCUGCUCCCUCUUGACAGGUAACGUGGCUCACCCGGCUGUCCAUC